AUGCCAUCUGACCUGAAUGAGCUUCAAACCAAGACCUAUGGCCCCUACCAGACCAAAUCACAACCCAGAGGGACAAAUGAAGGAAAUAAUCCUAGUAGAGGCCCAAGAAAAGGGCAAAGAAGGCAACGGGACCAAGGUAUACAAAAGGAAACAACCCAAUGGAGGGCCCAACCAAUUGGGAUAACCCAGUCCGCUGCCUCCUUGGUUCUAGUGCAGAGAUCAAAUGACAAGCAGAUGCCUUCAAGAACAAUGUCUAAUCUAAAGGCUCAAAUUGAUUCGGGAUUUCCCAUAGAACCUAGAUAUGGAGUAAACCCUUGCCCCUAA